AAGCGGCGGCGUUUGCGGCGACUAUUCUCGGCCGUCAAGCGGGAGGUUGUUGCGGUGAGCGUUGCCGUCAUGUCUGGCCGUGGCAAACAAGGAGGCAAGGCCCGUGCCAAGGCCAAGUCGCGCUCGUCCCGCGCCGGCCUGCAGUUCCCGGUGGGCCGAGUGCACCGCCUGCUGCGCAAGGGCAACUACGCCGAGCGGGUGGGGGCCGGCGCGCCGGUCUACAUGGCGGCGGUGCUGGAGUAUCUGACGGCGGAAAUCCUGGAGCUGGCGGGGAACGCGGCCCGCGACAACAAGAAGACGCGCAUCAUCCCCCGCCACCUGCAGCUGGCCAUCCGCAACGACGAGGAACUGAACAAGCUGUUGGGCAAAGUCACCAUCGCCCAGGGCGGCGUGCUGCCCAACAUCCAGGCCGUGUUGCUCCCCAAGAAGACGGAGAGCCACCACAAGGCAAAGGGCAAGUGAGGCCGGCGUCCGGAAGCUCAGCCAGCCCUGGUGGCAAAGGGGUACCUGUGAAAUCAAAGGCUCUUUUAAGAGCCACCCACCCUCUCAAAUAAAGAGUUGUUCACAGUA